AUGAGUCCCUCCAACCAAGAAAGCUCUAAUGAGGGAAUCACAGGAAUUGCUUAUCCUGUCAAACGAUACAUAACAGGCCAUGACCUGAGCACUGGAGAAAGCAUUUACACAGAUGCACCUGAGUUAUGUACUGCGGAAGUGCCUGGCUUUGGAAUAGCAUCACGCUCUUAUGCUACUCUGAAGCUACCUACAGAAUUGGCGGAUAAUCAAGACCUGAAGGCACACCUCUCACACGACUCUGUUACUAGCUAUACCCGGAGUACGGAAUUUCUCGUUCCCUCAUCAGGAUUGAACACUCAAACAGGACAGAUUGAGCUGGGAGGGGCAAAUGUGAUGAAUCUUGACAUCGACCCCGGUGCGGUGGGUCAUAUGCAUCGAACAGUGUCUUUGGAUAUCUCGACUUGUGUGAUGGGAGAGGUAUAUCAUGAGCUUGAUAGUGGCCAAAAGGUCCUAUUGAAAGCUGGGGAUCACAUCGUUCAGCGGGCAACUAUGCACAGGUGGAUUAACGCCUCCAAGAAGCAUCGUGCUCGAGUAAUUGCAGUUCUUCUUCCAUGCGCCCCAUUCAAAGUCAAUGGUCAAUACGUGACAGAGGAGCAUAGGUUUGGUUAA